UUCCCCACCAUAAAGGAUUUGAUUUAAAAUGGGUCGCGUCAUUCGUGCUCAAAGAAAAGGUGCCGGAAGCAUCUUCAAGGCCCACACUGUCGGUCGCAAGGGUGCUGCCAAGUUGAGAGUUUUCGACUUUGCUGAGCGUCACGGUUACAUCCGUGGUAUCAUCAAGGAGAUCGUCCACGAUCCCGGAAGAGGUGCCCCCCUUGCCAAGGUUGCUUUCCGUGACCCUUACAAGUACAAGCUCAGAACUGAGACCUUCAUUGCCACCGAAGGCAUGUACACCGGUCAGUUCAUCUACUGCGGUAAGAAGGCCACCCUCAACGUCGGUAACGUCUUGCCCCUUGCCUCCGUCCCCGAAGGUACCAUUGUCUGCAACGUCGAAGAGAAGGUUGGUGACCGUGGAGCUCUUGCCCGUACCUCUGGUAACUACGUGACCGUCAUUGGCCACGGUGAUGACGGUAAGACCCGCAUCAGACUUCCCUCCGGUUCCAAGAAGAUCGUUCCCUCCACCUCCCGUGCCGCUAUCGGUAUCGUUGCCGGUGGUGGACGUAUCGACAAGCCCCUCUUGAAGGCCGGUCGUGCUUACCACAAGUACAGAGUCAAGCGUAACAGCUGGCCCAAGACCCGUGGUGUUGCCAUGAACCCCGUUGACCAUCCCCACGGUGGUGGUAACCAUCAGCACAUUGGUCACGCCUCUACUGUCGCUCGCGACUCCUCCGCUGGUCAGAAGGUCGGUCUUAUUGCUGCCCGCCGUACUGGUCUCCUCCGCGGUACCAAGAAGAUCAAGGAUUAAACAAUUUAUUGAUUAUCAUCUUGUUAUUAUCAAAUAAUAAUAAUAUAAAAGAAUCCAUGUAAAAUUCUGUCCAUUAUCUGUCCUGUUCUUCUUUCUGCUUUUUUUUGUAACCAAUGUAUAUAUAUAUGUGUGUGUGUGUACAUAUAUAUGCUUAUAUAC